AUGGGAUACACACACUACUACCAAGUUCUCAACUGGGAUUCCGGGGAGUGGAAGGCAGCCUGGCUGCAUCUCAUCAAGGAUGUCUCCUUGAUUCUCGAUCAUGCCAAGAACCUCGACAUCAGUGGUCCAACCGACGACGACGAGAUAGUGACUCCUGUGCAGAUCGACGCCGAGAAAGGCAUUUACAUCAACGGCGUCGGCGAUGAUGCACACGAGCCAUUCAUCAUCAAGAAAGGUGGCUGGUCAUUCUGCAAGACCGCGCGAAAGCCCUAUGAUGAUGUGGUCACCACUAUCUUGCUGCGAGCAUACAUGCUGGCACCCAAGAGCUUUGACGUCAGCUCUGAUGGUUACUGGGACGAGUGGAGCCAAGCUCAGUAUAUCUACAAGAAGCUGUGGCCAGCUGAAACUCCUCGAUGCCCGUGGGGAGAGAAACGGGAGCAGGAAGAAAGCGAUGACCCCGCAAUCCGAGUCGAAUGA